UCGAGCAUCGAGCAUCGAAUGGAACCGGGACUAACAUUCCGGUUCUCCCGGAAUCGUUCAAAUUUUUUUUUUCGAUUCCUAGUUUCGAUGCUGACCGGAAGAAGAAGCCGCCGAACACUAACGAAGAAGAAGCUUCCGGAGAACCCGCCAAACUGUGUGUGCGCGCGUAAACAUGGAAACUGUGCGGCGGCGCUCGAAAGUGUGGCUUAACUUCACUAAAAUAAAUGACAAGUCGGCUCGGUGCAACAUUUGCAAAACAAUUAUAUCGUGCAAAGGCGGGUGUACCACCAACAUGAUCAAACAUCUCCGGGGUCAUGGUGUACAGAUAACUGAGUGCCCCGUCUUUGACGCGCUGCGCCGGCCAUCCUCCGUUGCCACUUCCUCCACUGCCUCUACCUCCGCUGCCUCUACCUCCGGCUCCGACCCUCACCCUAGCACCGCACUAUCAGCCAUACGACUUGAAAUUGCAACCGUUAGCCAGGCAGUUACUCCGUUCACCCUAACGUCCAAGGGAAAGAUGUUGGUGCAACAAGUGCAAGAGUGCCACAGAAAGGUUACAGCCUUUAUUGUAAAAAGGUUGCAUCCCUUUUCAGAUGUGGAAUCACCAACAUUUAGGGACAUGGUGAAAGCCAUCAACCCCAAGUACACACCACCUACCAGGGACUACUUGGCAAAUAAAUUAAUACCAUCUUGGUAUGAGGUCGAGAAGUCAAAUGUCAUUACAGAGCUCAGUGACGUCUGCUCUGUUGCACUCACAUGUGAUGGCUGGAGUAGCAUCACACAGGACCAUUACCUCACCAUCACAGCACACUAUAUAGUGGAGGGCAAAAUGCAGCAAAAAUUUCUUUCAACUCCAAUUCUAGAGAUGUCGGGGACAGGCCCACAAUAUAUUAGGUUUAAAAAGUGUACCUCUGUGUAAAGAAAAUUCAUAACAUUUAUAUUUAUUUCAUAGAUUUGAUAUCUAUAUACUACCUAGUUGAAAACAGCCCUGUGAGAAAUUCAAAAUGAAGUUCAUAAAAAAAAAAAAUGUCAUUGAAUUCAAAUUCAUGGAGAAGUUCAGACUAUUUCAUCCAGAAAGACCUCUGGUUAGCUAGCUCAUUUAAAACAUGUAAACUUUUUUGACCCUGCCUCUUAAGAGAAUCGUUAGGAACCGGAAUCGAAAUGAGGAAUCGGAAUCGGAACCGGAAUCGUUCAAAUUCAAACG